UAGUCUUUCCAGCCUUUAGAUCAGUUAUAACCCCAUGUGAGAUUUUCCCUCUGUGCUCUCAGACUUACCUAUCAGAACCUAGAAAAUCCUAGCAUUUCUCUACCAUUGGCGGAUACGCUUUCCGAACAGCAAAUAAGCCAAUCAGAGCCGAGUACGGUGAGCGAUUGAUUUUUUUGCUAUUGGCUAAUCGUCCUGAAUGCUAAGGAAACGAAAAUUAGCACAUGGGUUAGAUAAUUCAAUAGGUGACCUCCAAAAAAUAAUUUAUUUCAGUACUUUACUGUUAUCUUUGGUGAUUAAAAACUCAUAUUAUUGGGUAAAAAUCAGAAUGUACUAUUCAGCUUGCUAUUAAGCAGGAAGAUAAGCUUUCUAAUGACGGACAAGGAAGAUGAUGACUCGCAGCACAGAGAGAAUGAGGGUGACUCCGUUGUACUGAAACGGGAGACAUCUAACGUUACAAAGCUGCGGAUUCAAAAGCAAAAGUUAGUCGUUACACAACUGUGCUCAUGCACAAUCACAUUAUCUAUUGGUGGCAUUAGCUAACAAUGCUUGACAGUCACGUCAAAUAUUUGCCUGUACUACCAACAUGCAAGCUAUGCCUUGUUGAUUAGUAUUGCACUCUUGCCAUUAUUGCUUUGUGGGUUCUGAAUGUCUUGUUCUGUUCCCUCCAGGUAUGAGAACAUUGUGAUGGUCCUAAGGCCCUCUUGUUGUGUCCUGGCUAUGAUGUAUCACGGCAGAGAACCAGGGAAGAUAUGCUGCCUGCGGUACGACACCCUAGCCCAGAUGUUAACUCUGGGCAAAAUCCAUAAAGGCAGUAAGGUGCUGGUGUUUGAGACCUGUGCUGGACUGGUGCUGGGGGCCAACAUGGAGAGGAUGGGAGGCUAUGGGUCAGUGAUGCAGAUGUACCCAGGAGGAGGCCCUGCGAAGGCGGGGGCAGAGAGCUUUGGCUUCCACGAUAUGCUCCAUGAGCUUCCCAUCUGUCAUGUCAACGCACUGCUGGCAGGGACACUGGACACGGAGGCUAAAGACAUAGACGUGGAGAAAGCAGAAGGCAAUGGGGGCAGCCCAGACACAGAGGACCAGAGCAUGGAGACUAGUACCAGUACAGACCCUGCCGAGGACAAGGAGAGAGAGGAGAGGGAGAAACGGAGAGAGAUCAGAGCCCAGGAGAAGAUGGAGAAGAGGAAGAAACGGCUGCUGCAGGCGGAGGGUAGGAACGCUGACGGGUUGGUGAUAGCCAGCCGGUUCAAACCCUGUCCAGUUCUACUGGGCCUCAUCAAGUUCCUCGCCCCCUCCAGACCCUUUGCAGUGUACUCUCAAUAUAAAGAGGUGUUGCCUAACAGGACGCACCCUGUGCUGCUGAUGAGUGGGGGCGGGGCUUACCUCCUCUCCGGGAUGACCGUUACUACAGAUACAACUAAAGCAAAGACAGGCUCAACUACAGCAGAAGAGCUGGCCCCAAAGAGACGAACUCAGAGACCACAGAGGGAUGACACUAUUGAGGGAGGCCCAGAGUUUGUCUAAUUUAAAUCAUUGAUGACUUGAUUUACAUGUACUUGUGGAGGUGGGGAUAGAAUCACUGAAGUGUCUCUCCCUCCUGCUACCAGUUCUAAACGAUCAUGGUUGUUAUUCAGCCCUGGAGCUGCUCUCCAAAGCUCUAAGCUCCCAAAUGUAGCAUUUUGUUUGUAUUUUAUACUCUUUUAGCAGAAAAUGCCAUGAUGUAAAGCAGCCAUUUGCUAUCACAGCCUCCUUACUGUGCUGCAUUAGUGGGAAUAUCAAUAAAUACAGUACUGUUAAAAUACUAUUACUCUUGAUAACCAACUGUGUUGCUGAGGUAUUAAAACCUUGAGAUACG